GUGUGUUUUCCCGGUUUUAAAUUUUUUACUAUAGGAUUAUUAUUUUUUUUUAAAUUUUAUUUGAGUGGGAUUUUUGUAAGAGAGAUUAUUUUCAUGUGUAGGGUUUAGGGUUUUAGAUCUCGGGUUUAGGGUUUGAAUUUAUGUUCUAGAUUAUGUUUUCUUGAGCCGUUUUGUCUGUAGAAUCAGUGCCUGGUUAGAAUUGUUCAGUAAGAGGCUGGAAUUCCUAAUCUCUAGGUUUUUGGUUCCGGUUUUUAAGUUAAGAUUGGGAAAUUAGGGCUUCUUGUGAGCGAGGAGGAUUGAAAUCUGGACUUGUUUUUAUAGAAAUCUUUGAACGUGUUGUUGUUUUGGAUUCUAUCAGUCUAAAUUCCUGGGAAUUAGUUUUUUUUGGGGGUUUUUGUUGGGAUUCUAGGUGGAAUUCAGAAGUCCGGGGAUUUAAAGUGACAGAGGAUUGAAAUUUGUUUUUUGGUUGAAGGCUUUGUAUCUGUUUGGGAUUUCUAGGGUCCUUAAUGGUGUUUAAGGUGUUUUGAGUUCGAUGCUUGGAAGUGAGAGAAGCGUUUCGUCUGUCCAGAUCUGAGCCAGGAAUUAUGUCGGGUAGAGAGUCUUUUGGCGGCGUCAGCCUGCAGAAAAACCCAGUCCCAUCGCCACAGCAACCGCCCGCCAUGCCAAACAUGCGGUUAGCUUUCAGUUCCGAAGGAGCAGCGGUGUACAAACCCAUCAUGGGGAGCCCUCCGUCAUACCCGAGCGGUGGCAGUGCUGAUGGUCAGACCGCACCGAUCACCCAACAUGGGCUUCACAUGAGUGAGCCGAUGAAGAGAAAGCGUGGACGGCCCAGGAAGUAUGGCCCUGAUGGCACCAUGGCCCUUGCACUGACCCCUGUCUCGCCCCCUGUCCCGCCGUCUGGUGGAAGCGUUGGUGGCGGGUUGUCUUCACCAACAUCGCCAUCGGCAACGUCGAUGAAGAAGGCGAGGGGGCGCCCGCCGGGUUCUGGAAAGAAGCAGCAGAUGGCUGCCUUGGGAUCUGCUGGAAUUGGAUUUACACCUCACGUUAUCACAGUUAAAGCUGGAGAGGAUGUUUCCUCAAAGAUAAUGUCAUUUUCUCAGAAUGGGCCUCGGGCAGUUUGCAUCCUCUCAGCAAAUGGUGCUAUAUCAAAUGUUACACUUCGGCAGGCUGCAACAUCUGGUGGGACAGUAACUUAUGAGGGCCGGUUCGAGAUCCUGUCACUUUCUGGGUCAUUUCUUCUCUCGGAGAGCGGCGGACAGCGCAGCCGAACAGGUGGAUUGAGUGUGUCGUUGGCAGGUCCCGAUGGCCGUGUUUUAGGUGGUGGAGUAGCUGGACUUCUGACAGCAGCAUCUCCGGUCCAGGUAGUUGUGGGCAGUUUCAUCGCAGAUGGGAGGAAAGAGUCAAAACCGAAGAACCCUUUGGAUCCUUCUGCCCCACCAAAGCAAGGGGGUGAGGUAGCAGGGACUGGUAGCCCACCCUCACGGGGAACUCUGAGUGAGUCAUCUGGUGGGCCUGGGAGCCCUCUCAACCAGAGCACAGGUACCUGCAAUAACAGCAACCCUCAAGGCAUGAUGGCCAACAUGCCGUGGAAAUAGAUAAGCUCUCUGUUACUGCUCCACCUCCCUGACACCAUGUAACUCCUGGAGUCUGAUGGAGCUUGACAUACGUCGUCUGGGGCCCACCUGUAUUCUCAAGCUUUUAACUUAAUGUAAAACUUGUGUGCAUGUGUGGGAGAAGGUCUCUAGUGAUCUUCCAUCUUGAUGUGCUGACUGGAAAGUGCACCUGACAUGGUCGAGUGCUGCUUUUCUUCUGGUGUAGUGUGAGUUGAGGGGAAAAAACACUUAGGCUUCACUCUAGCUGCUUUAGAUCAGAGGGUGUUUGUUUAGUUGUAUUAUUUAGCUGUAUGUUGAUGUUCUAUACCAUUGUACCAAUCAAUAUCAUUGCUGGUUUUCUCC